AUGGCUGACAUUACAGUACCUCUCCUAGUCCAGUUAAGCAGCAGCAUCGCUCUCUUCUGUGUGUGCAGCUCUGUGGCAGAGUGUCUGGACGCGGCGCUGAACACGCUGUCCCGUGCGCUGGAGGACAACCGCGAGGACACUGAGGUGUGGUGUCACUAUCUGACGCUGUUCUCGCGGCGCGGCAGCAGAGAAGAGGUUCAGGAGAUGUGUGAGAUGGCCGUGGAGCACGCGCCGCACUAUGACGUCUGGUGGACUUACAUGAGCGUUGAGAGCGGUUUCGAGGGGAAGGAUUACCUGUGUGGGCGUCUGGUUUCACACCUGCUGGAGGCGUCACAUGACGUCAGGUCGGAUGUGCAGUCGUUCCAGCUGCUGGAGUCAGUGCUGUUCAGAGUUCAGCUCAGUGUGUUCACAGGCCGUCAGCACAGCGCUCUCAGCAUACUCAAGGUACCAGUCUAAUCUACAUAAACAUAUACCACUGGCAGAUGA